AAUCCAAAGUAAAGGACUCAACGGCAAUUAGUCGUCAAUUCAACAGACGACGGCGGAAACACCAUCAAUUUGCAAUUUUGCACCCAUUCACCUACUCCCAUCUCCUUCUCGUUCCCAUUCCGUACACCGAUGAGACCUUCCGAUUAUGGCUCCGACAGCUAAAUUGCUUAGGAAGAGGCCUAACAGUAAGCGAUCCAGCUCCAAGCCCAACAUUCCAAUGGCACCUCCUCUCUCUCCUCCCUUCAACCGUGGAAAGUUCGCAUUGUUGAUCCCAGUCGUCCUGUUUAUUUCCGGCGUUUUCCUUUUCAGCUUCUCGUCGAACUUCUGGAGCGAGUUCGUAUACGACGAUCGCUCCCCUAAAAUUUACGAAUUUGAAGUUGUCAAUGAGUUUCCUCACGACCCCGACGCCUUCACUCAGGGACUUCUGUAUGCAGGAAAUGAUACCCUGUUUGAGUCAACUGGGCUUUACGGGCAUUCGUCAGUCCGUAAAGUGGCUCUUCAGACAGGGAAGGUAUCCUCUUGUUUGGAUUUUACAUGAGCAUUUGACACUUAUUCAAAUUUCUUUCAUAUUAUUGAUCUGAUUCAAACUUUAAUCAUGUUUUAGUGGAAGUCAAACUACUUAUAAUGAUCUUCAUCAAUGGAUGCAGUAUGGUUAGGGUUAAAUUGGUUUGAAAUCAGCUGUCAGCUAUCUCACCUUAAUGGAUUAACCAAUUGCCUUUUUAACUGAUGAUUGAUUGAAAUAUCACAGUGCUUAAAAUUAAAUCCAACAAAUUGGGUUAUUUGAAUUGCAAAAUUGUUACUUUCUAACAUUUUUUUGGUAAACAGGUUGAGCAUAUUGAGAAGAUGGAUGAUUCAUACUUUGGGGAGGGUUUAACUCUUCUUGGUGAAAGGUUGUUCCAAGUAACUUGGUUACUGCAAACUGGUUUCAUAUAUGACCGGAAUAAUUUGCAGAAAUUGAAGCUAUUCACUCAUCAGAUGCAAGAUGGUUGGGGACUGGCAACUGAUGGAAAAAUCUUGUAUGGAAGUGAUGGUACUUCAACUCUGUAUCAGAUUGACCCUGAAACAUUGAAAGUCAUGGGAAAACAUGACGUCAAAUACAAUGGUAAUAAUGUGCGUUACCUCAAUGAAUUGGAAUACAUAAAUGGUGAGGUCUGGGCAAAUGUUUUUCAGAGUGACUGCAUUGCUAGAAUCUCGCCUGAAAGUGGUACUGUGCUGGGAUGGAUUCUCCUUCCGAGUCUAAGACAAGGAUUGAUGGCAGCUGGUUACAAUAGCAUUGAUGUUUUGAAUGGAAUCGCAUGCGAUGGUGACAACAAGCGCAUUUUUGUGACUGGAAAGCUAUGGCCAAAGCUUUACGAAAUCAAGUUGCACCCAAUAAAGAAACGUCUAAAACACGGUGCCAUUGAGCAUCUUUGCUUCCGAUAGAAAUGCUAUGGACCUGCAUCCAUGGAGUUUCUCAUGUAACAAGUAAGAGGUGUUCCAUUCAAGUUGAUACAGAGCCAACAAGAAAAAAAAAAAGGUCGAUUGAAGAUCCAUACCUACCUACUGAAUUUUGUACUGUCCUGAAAGUUUUUUUGGUUUUUCCAUUGGAGGGGCUUUAGCCCCUAAGAAUGAAUUAUAUUACACAUGUAGAGAAAGUGAGAAACAGUUACUUUAUUCAGAUCAAUUAAGUGGCAAGGAUGGGAUGUCUAAAUUUGAUUUUGUUCUGAUUUUCAUUUCUGAUUUGAUCAGAGAAAACGAUCUCAAUCAGGCAUAGUGUAGUGUACUCCGAUGUAACAGCUUUGAAAUUUUUC